AUGACUGAAACUAGGAACAAUAACUGGCCACCAUGCUACCCGAUAAUCUAUCAUAAUAUCCAAGCAGAUAUUCUUGACGGUGAUUCCAGACGUAUGACAGAACAGUCAUAUAAAUUAUGGUUAUUUUAUGUUGUUACCUUGUUCUUUAAUCUCGUAGCUGUCGUCGUAACUUCAAUUUCAAGGAAUGAUGGAAUUAGCAUCAUUGGUCAGAUUCUAAUAGCUGUAUUAUAUUUACUCGCUUGGCCAUUAUUCGAUUUCUUUUGUAGACAUCGAUCCUUAUAUCAAGCAUUCCAACAUAAUAACCAAAAUCGAUUUAGAUGGUUCUUCCUUAAUACAUUCCUUGACAUUGUAUUUGGUUCGUUUAUAGGUUUAGGGUGGUUUUACGGUGGUGGAGGUGGAGUGAUCGCAAUGUCUGAUAAUUUUAAAAAUGAACGUAUUGUUGCUGGAGUAUUUUGUGCCAUUUGUGUCGCUUUGGUUUUAAUUCAAGUUACCUUGCAUAUUAUCUUGUUCCGUAAGGUCUAUGCGCAUUUUAAAACUCAUGAUGAUUGGACUUUGUUGCCCGGUCAAAAGAAUAAGUCAAGUAAAGAACAAGCGCGAGUUUAA